AUGGUUGGCAAGGUCAAAAGUACGAGUCGCCUGCGCUCGAUUUUCCAGCACACACCGGUCCGACCUGAGGUUGAGGGUUGGAACUGCGUCGGAUGGGUUAAAGAGGCAUUGUUGGCUGCAAUGCAGGAUGGCAGGGCCUUGGAGAAAUACGCGGGCGGAUGGCAGGAAGUGAGGGAUACCGCUAUGCUGUACGUUCAGAGCAAAAAGGAGGCUCAUCGCUUCGACGGGACGGUGUACUUUGACCCGGCUCAACCAGCAACAUGGGAUAUGUUGUCGGGAGUGGAGCUGAUCCCCUGA